GAGCCGAGCGGAGCGCAGCAUGCAGGGCGACGAAGCCAGCGCGACCCCCCAGCAGGGCCCCAAGACGAGGGGCGCAUCUCCCCGGGUCGGGCUCUCCCGGCAGCUGAAGAGGCAUCCAGGACUUAUCCCCCUCAUUGGUUUCAUCGGACUCGGGCUGGGUAGUGCUGCCCUGUACCUGUUGAGGCUGGCCCUCUUCAGUCCAGAUGUGAGCUGGGACAGAAAAAAUAAUCCAGAACCAUGGAACAAACUCAGCCCCAAUGACCAGUACAAGUUCAUGGCCGUCUCCACAGACUACAAAUCUCUGAAGAAGGAUCGCCCAGACUUCUGAGUGCGCCUCUACAGAAUCAAAUUCCCUGCUCCAGCCACAUUCGGGAAAGCCUGCCACUCCGCUUGGCCGGGUCUUCUCCUCCCUUGCUGGGCCUUUAAAUGCUUUCCAUUAGCACUGCUUGAGUGCCAAGUUGCUUCCGCUGCUCCUGCUACCCUGCCUGUGUGUGAUGCAUUGGUACUGCACCAAGGAUUGUCAAUAAGAUAACUACAGUUUCUCCAACAGAAGCAAAGAAAAAUACUGUCUGCAAAAUGCCUCUGGGUAUUGCAAUAGUAAACACUUUGUUCGUUAAACACGAUGGGGGGUGAGAACAAGAAGAGGGACAAGAUCAUGUUCCCUUUGGGCCUAACAGAGGAGUCUCAGUUCAAUAUUUUCCAGGUCCCUUUCUGUAACUAUCCCUGACCUCCAUUUGCUACAUUUCCUGUCUCCCACGCUCAAAUUGACCAUUCCCACAGAGCAAGAUCAGCUCCAGAAACCAGAUUCCAGAACUGGUGAUGCUGACUGAGGUCUCAAAGUAAGUGACACCAGCGUGACAAAAAUCAACAUUUGUGGCCUGAGUGAAGAAGGGCAUUAGGAAUUAUACAACAUGGUCUACCGGGGGGAAAUUGCAGGAAUAAUCGGAGUCCUUUCUGUAGUAUGUGCGAGUUGGAAUCUGUACGUCUGUGCAAUGCUUCUAUUUACUUAUGAGUCUUUGAGUGUUGUUAUAUUGGCACCUGAAUAGCACAUGUGGCUGUGUACUUUCCAUUUAUUCUGAAGCACUGCUGUGCGAUUGCACACAUAGAUUGUGGGUACUAAAUCUUGUGUAAAUAUAGAAAUGUAUACCUCUG